AUGCCUGAACUCACCACAAACCAGGGCUAUCAACUCGGCGUAGACGUCGGAGGCACAUUCACAGACGUCUACGUAUUCACCCCGCACGGCGAAACAGUGCGAGCAAAAGUUCCAACAACAAUCCCAGACCAAAGCAUAGGAAUCCAGAACGGAAUUUCCAAAGCCCGCGAGAUAUUGAAGAGCACAUUCGACUGGUCGGGUAAAUUCCAAUUCAUCCACCAUGGCACAACAACAGCUACAAAUGCCGUUCUUGAAGGAAAGGGCGCCCGCACGGCACUCGUCGUCACAGCCGGACAUAAGGAUAUCCUGGCUCUGCGCCGGUCUCAGAUUCCUGGUGGAUUAGGUGCCUGGUUGCAUUGGACACCCCCUGAGCCAAUUGUUCCGCUUGAGCGGGUCGUGCAGUGUAAAGAGCGGAUGUCUGUACAGGGUGAGACGGUUUUGCCUGUUGAUAUUGAGGAUUUGCGGAUGAGUUUGAGGGAAUUGGCUCUGCAGAAGCCCGAGGCGGUGGCCAUUUCGUUGCUUAACUCACAUAGCAAUGAUGCACACGAGCGGACCGUUAAAGAGAUUGUUCGUGAAGAGCUUGGGUCUGAUAUUGCUGUUAUUUGUUCGGCGGAUGUCUUGCGCGAAGUUGGCGAGUAUGAGCGUACAGUAACGACUUGUACGAAUACGCUUGUAAAGCCGGUUGUGCAGACUUAUCUGCACAAUUUGUCUGAGGUGCUUGCUGCGGAAAGUGAGACGAUUCGGGUCCUUAAGAGUGAUGGUGGUUUGACUAGUUUGACCCUUGCCUCAGAGCUGCCAGUUAAUAUUCUGAUGUCUGGGCCUGCUGGGGGUGUUAGGGGAGUCGCGGAUGUUGUGGCUCGAAGUACACCAUACAAGAAUCUGAUCACGCUGGAUAUGGGAGGGACAUCAACUGACUGUGCGCUGAUCUACAAUGGUCAACCUCAGCUCCGACGUGAGACCGUUGUCGGGAGUCUCUCUGUACGUGCCCCGGCGGUUGAUAUCAAGACAGUCGGAGCAGGAGGUGGCUCAAUAACCACCUAUAUGGAGCUCACGGAGACACUGCGAGUUGGACCAGAAAGUGCUGGUGCGGCGCCGGGUCCUGCAUGUUAUGGGAAAGGUGGAAAGCAAGCCACAGUCACAGACGCAAACCUAGUCUUGGGAUAUCUUCCAAAGACAUUACUGGGAGGUGAUUUUGCACUUGAUGUGAAAGCAGCCACAGCAGCUGUUGAAGAGAUCGCGACACAAAUGAAGCUCCCCGUUACCCAGACAGCCGAGGAUAUUAUCACGAUCAUCAACGAGACAAUGUACGGAGCUCUGCGUCUCGUUUCUGUCGAGCAGGGCUACGACCCCCGUGAAUUUGCGCUCGUUGCUUUUGGCGGUGCUGGUCCUUUGCAUGCCAAUGCGGUUGGACAGCUUCUCGGAGCUUGGCCUGUUAUUAUUCCGCCAUCGCCCGGUAUCUUGUGUGCGCAGGGUGAUGUGACAACCAAGCUUAGACAUGAGCAGUCGGCUACAUUCAUCCGCCUGGUCUCCGGAACAGAUGUUGCUGAGGCUCGGGAGCAGUAUGACAUCCUCGAGCAAACAUGUCAUAAGACUCUGCAAAGAUCGUCUGGAGAGAAGUGGCCUGUUACUUGGAAGGCUGAAUACCAGGCAGACCUUCGAUAUAAAGGACAGGCUUUAACCAUCACUAUUGAUCUCACGGCCGAGGAUUUGGCUCUUGAUACGAAGGGUUGGCAUAAUCUGUUACGACGAAAGUUUGAUCAGCAGCAUCAGCAGAUGUUCACUUACUGCUUGCCGGACUUUGAGCUGGAGUUAAUGCGACUUGGGGUUGUGUUGGAAGAUGCUUCUCCCAGUAUUGAUAUUCCUCAAGUUGGAAAGGCUUCAAGUCCUCCCCCUGAUGCCAAAAUUGGAGAGCAGACAAUUGUCGUGCAAGGCAAAGAGCAAUUGGCAACCUUGUGGGACCGUCAGAAAGUCACCAAGGAGGGCAUCCGACUGACCGGGCCAUGUAUCAUUUCCGAGAUGGACAGCAACACACUCAUCUUGCCAGGAUAUUACGGUGAAAUUGACAGCAUCGGAAAUAUUUUGAUCAAUCCACUGGACAGAAAACCUGCGGUCCCAACAAAUCACACAGCGGAAUCAGCCAAGGAGCUCGUUGAAAGCACUCCACUAGUUCCAACAUUGAUUUCCUCGACUCUGGCAUCCAUCCGCAGUGAAAUGGACCAGAUGAUGCUACGGUGCAGCAUGUCACCUGCCAUCCGAGAACAGCAAGACGAAUUUAACGUCAUUACUGACUGCGAGGGCAAGAUGUUGGUAGGCCAAUUUGGAAGUUUCAUCACCCAAUUCUUGGAAGUAUGGAAUGGCACCAUCGAAGAGGGAGACGUAUUCAUCACCAACGACACCUAUCAGGUACAGGGUGCUAUUAGCCACCUGAACGAUGUGAUUGCAUUCCUUCCCAUAUUCCACGAGCAUCGCCUUAUUGGUUGGGCAUCUCAAUUCGGACAUUUGACAGAUGUCGGAGGCGUCGUACCUGGAAGCAUGUCGAUCAAUGCAACCUCUGUGUUCGAUGACGGCGUCCAGAUCCCCUGCAUCAAGCUGUACACCCGUGGUGUCAUGAAUGCAGAUCUAGUAGAUCUCCUAUGCCGGAACUCCCGCCAGCCGGCAUGGUACCGCUCCGAUCUGACGGCUAUUGUAGCAUCAUGCUCUAUGGCAGCCACCCGUACGCGCGAGUUAGCAACUCGGUUCGGGAGCGAGGUGUACCUGGCAGCAUGUGCAGAGCUGCUCUCCCGCAAUCGCAAUGGCUUUGCAAAGAUUAUUGAGCGACAGUUUGAUGAUCUGGAAAGUAAAUUCACCGAUUUCGUCGACGAUGACGGGCACGGCGUCGGGCCAUGGGCUCUUACCUGUUCUAUGAAGAAGGUAGAGGGGAAUCGGCUGAGUUUCGACUGGAGCGGUACUUCACCCCAGAGUCAGCAUAGUAUCAACUUCUACCUCUCGGAAACAAUGUUCAAGAUGUUCAUCGGAUACUACCUCAUUGCAGCAGCAGCUCCAGGCACAGUCAUCAAUGACGGCUUCCACGAUCUGAUCGACGUGAAUAUCCCCCAAGGAAGUGUCCUGCGACCUGUGCGCCCUGCGCCAAUUUCUUGCCGCACUCACUUCCUGGGCCGUACUUUGGAUAUCGUGCAGGCAUUGAUCGGUCAGAAACAGGACUCCUACCAGGCUGCAGCUGGCUUCAGUGAUUCGCCACACUUCUUCUAUUCCGGAUUCAAGCCUGAUGGAGAAUGGUAUCAGCUGUAUCAAAUCGGGUUCGGAGGUGUUCCUGCUCGCCAGGCUGGCGAUGGACCCGAUUGUCAUUGUCUUUUCCCUGCUAUUAAGUCCAUACCCACCGAGAGCAUCGAGUUGAAUUACCCAUUGCGCAUCGAGGUAAAUGAGAGUGUCGCUGAUAGCGGUGGUCCUGGAUUUUAUCGCGGUGGAAAUGCACAGCGCACCUUGUACCGGUUCCUUGCUCGUGGGGAGUUUAGUCUGCAUGAUGAUCGGUGGUUCACGAAGCCGUGGGGAUUGAAGGGUGGGAAACCUGGACAGAGAUCGCGCAAGAUAUUAUACCGCCAUUCUCAAUCUGCUGAGGCCACUCCGGAGAUAUUGCCUUCGAAAUGUGAUCAUGUUCGUGUUGAUCCAGGUGAUUUGCUCGAGUGGAUCACUUGGGGUGGAGGUGGUCUUGGGGAUCCGUUAACUCGCCCAGCUGAGAAGGUUGCUCUUGAAGUUCAUCGGAAGCUUGUCACGAUUGAUGGAGCUCGUCAUGGAUAUGGAGUUGUUGUGAAUGGCGAUUUCACUGUUAAUGAAGCUGAGACUGCGGCUCUUCGGAACCUGAUGAGGGUAGAGCGUGCUCAGCUGGAAGAAAGUCCGAUCUACGACCGCGGUGGCAGUCUCGAAGAGCUCCGGGGGACAUGUCUGCAGGAGACUGGGUUGGAGGCUCCCAUUCCGCAGUGGGAGACAGAUAUCUAUGGUCCCCAUGCCGGAUUGGCAUACGUAAAGGACUGGUAUACCGAAAUGAGGACCCAGAAGGAUUGGAAAUUGGACUGA